AAAAUUGUGAAUUUUGGAAGGAGCAACAAACAGGUCGAGUAGCGAACAGUCACAACACAACACAACACAACACCAGACCAACUGUCAUAAAAGCCUUUGGCACAGACAGUUUCAAAUCUCGACAACCAGGUGGCGCUGUAUUGCAGGCAAAAUGAGUCUAAUUUUAUGGAUAAAGGGUCUGAAUCCAAUGGAAGCAACAUCGCAUAGUACUUGGCAGGCGAUAAAUCUAAACCAGAUGAUGCAUUUAUCGAAAGGAUUAUCCGCCAUGCAAAUACGUUUCGGUUCCUUAUACAGCUUUAUCGGCCAUGAGAAAACCCUGUACAUAUUCUGUAUCUUCACGGAGCAACGUAAAACAAUUACGUUCGAGGCGGACAUUGUAUCACUAGCGAUAAAUAGCAAACACUGUUUAGUUCUGUUGACAAAUGGACAGUUGCAGAAGUAUGAUCCUUUGGAAGAACGAUUGAGUUGUCUUAAUUUCCUCGGUAUCGAACUCGAUAGCAUCAAUGCUACGAAAGGAUCGAUCACUCAUCUCGCUUGUGGAGAAUGCAUAACGGUAGCAUGUACGUCGACUAAUGCCAUCUAUAACAUUCCAAACCUUACGGCAACACUGCCUAAACACGUGCGCAUUAGAAAGGUGGUAGCUGGUUUUGAACACUGCUUAAUGCUCACCACCAAUGGAGAUGUUUACAGCUGGGGUGGUGGAUUACGAGGACAACUAGGAAACGGAGAAAUUGUUGCCGUUAACGAUCGCCCAUGUGUCGUGAAUGGAUUGGCCGGAGUGAAAGUAAUCGACAUUGCAGCCGAUGGAUGGCACUCUGCAGCAGUAUCUGCCUUCGGUGAUCUAUACACGUGGGGUUGGAACAAUCAAGGUCAGCUAGGCUUACAGGAUCCGCAGCAUAGGGAGCGUGUCGUUUCCCUACCGCAGCUUGUAUCCUUUUCUGGCGAGGAAGACUUAAUGGUGGAAAAAGUCCACUGCGGCAUUGGGCAUACGGUCGUAGAAGUAGUUGGCGUGGACCGGAAGAAACAGGUGUGGUGUGCAGGAUGGAAUUUAGAAACCCGUUUCACCUAUUCUCAAGCUUCAUUGUCGGUAAAUUUCGGAGGUUUCCGUAAACUGGACGGCCCCGUCCAAGGAGAAGCCGAACAACUAGAUGUAGGGGCAGGAUCAUACCAGGUAUACUUCCUGCAGCGAGACCAAAACUGAAUAAAGACGCCCGAAAUGCAAAAAGUUACAACAUC